AGACACUCACAAAUAAUCUACGGUUAGUUCAGUAUUGAAAAUUAGUCUGUAAAUAUUUAUUAAAACGUUAACUACUAUGGAGAGUGAAAAUGUAGAAGAUAUAAUUAAAUCAAUAAAUCAAAUUGAUAUUGAAGAUGAGCCGGGUACAGAAAAAUAUAUUAGUAAUCCGUGGGCGGUUAAUUAUAAACCCCAAGCAACACUGCGCUAUAUUCCCCUAAAAUAUAUAGAUUUCGAGGAAUACGUAAAGGAAAAUUGUCACAACAAAAUAAAAAUUUUAAAUCGCGAAAUAUUUCAUGAAAUGAAACGUCCCAUUGUUAUAUUUUUCAAUCAUUUUCGGGAAAAAUGUGCCUAUCACACAAAGUGGCUGGACAGAAUGUAUGAAUUGUCAAUGAAAUAUGGUGAUCGUAUUGAAUUCAUUGCAGCCGAUAUGAACGAUAUUGAUGUUAUAUAUCCGGGAAGAAAUCCAAUAAAUUUCUUUUGCCGACUAGUACGUCCCGAAGAUGAGUCGCCCAAUACAUAUGCCAUAGAUGAAAAGAAGAGAAUACACACUCACUAUGACGCCUACAAAACAGUGGAGACUCUAUCCGAAUUAUGUGAAAAUCUAUUGAAUGGCAAACUAUUUCCCUCGCUGCCCAUACCGGAAAAUAAUGACACAAAUUUGGUUAAAAUAUGUGUACAUGAUAACUAUGAAGAAUUAAUAUUAAAAUCUAGCCGAAAUAUCUUUCUAAUUGCAAAUUUAGAUCGUUAUCAUUUUAGUGAGUACGAACCAAAUUACGAUAAUAUAGCAUUGGCCUUAAAAGACUAUAACUUGGAUAUUGUUUACAUGGAGGCUGAAAAGAAUUAUAUACCCUUUGAGUAUCAAGUUAACAGCUAUCCCACCAUAUUAUUUAUACCACAUAAUGAUAAAAAUAAUUUUAUAUAUUAUGAAGAUUUUAGAAAAGAAGAUGUUAUAAUUGAAUUUUUGAAAAAUGUCAUGGAUGACCCAGAGUUUUUGCUACUUAAACAGCAAGAGUUGAAAACAAGAAUCUUACGGAAAACAAUGAAAGUAGCCGAUGAUUUUCAAAUAGAUUUUAUGGAUUUACCACAAUUUUUACAAGAAAAUUUCGAUAACCGCUAUAAAGUUUUCGAACGUAAAAUUCUUGAAGAUCCCAAAAGAUUUUAUAUUCGUAUUUUGAUAUUUAUGGACUUUCCGAAUAUGAAAUGCCUGUCUCAUCACAUACAAUGGCUUGAUAAAAUCUAUCAGGUGGUUGAACGAGCAUAUUCAUUUCAAUUUUUUAUUGCAGACUUUAAGGAUAUAGAUGUAAUCAACAGUCAAUGGAAAGCAGAAGACUUAAUCAAGUCUGCCCAAGGAAAACCGAAAAUAUACGCCUUUGAUCACCUUUGGCACACAUAUGAAUUCAAAGAUUUUACUUCUAUACCCUCGUUAUUUUAUUUUACUUCAAGUCUACAAAGUCGUCACUUUUACUAUUCUCAAGUAUAUCCAAGAAAAAAUAUACAUCAAUUGGUUAAAGAAUGGACGGCGGAUUAUUUUAAUAUUUUUCUUAAGAAAACUAAAAAACAUACUUUUAUAACAUUUUACUUAUCGGAUGAUGAGAAUACUGAAAAACUCUUGAAUUUAUUGGAUAUUAUUGCUGAAGAUGUUAAAGCUUUAAAUGUUGAAGUGGUAAAAUUCGAUGCUCAUCUAAACUAUGUGGAUUUGGAGUAUGCUCAGGAAAGAUAUCCAGUGCAAUAUUUUAUAUCUAAACAUAAUAAAAGAGAUAGUAGAAUUUAUCGUGGUAACGAUUUAAGUAGAGAUAAAAUAUUGGAGUUUAUUAAAAGUCAAGUGGAGAAAAAAUAAAGUUUUAAAAAUCGUUGUUUUUUUCAACAUUUAUUUAGAUUACUAUUUCUUUUUUUUAUACGAAUGCUUUUAUAUUUUGCUGAAUAAUAAAGUCUUUUUUCUUUAUAUUUAAACAAAUCUUCUUAAUUCGUUUUA